AUGUCGAGUGCAUUGCGGGCCAAAGCCUUCAGAAGGGCAUUCACCUCCCGCGCCGUCGACGGGUUCGUCGGGGCUGUCGGAAACACACCUCUUAUUCGACUAAAAAAGCUCUCUGAGCUAACUGGGUGUAACAUCGUCGGCAAGGCAGAGUUCCAGAAUCCAGGAGGCAGCGUCAAGGAUCGCGCUGCGCUGGGUGUUAUCCGGGAUGCCGAGGAACGAGGUCUUCUCAAGGCUGGAGGUACCGUGGUCGAAGGCACCGCAGGAAACACCGGCAUCGGUCUCGCACAUGUCUGCAGAGCCCGGGGCUAUAGAUGUGUGAUAUUCAUGCCUGACUCGCAGAGUCAAGAAAAGAUCGAUCUCCUGCGGAUGCUGGGCGCCGAGGUCUACCCAGUUCCCGCGGUCGCGUACGAGAACCCGAAGAACUACAACCACCAGGCGCGCGAAUUCGCUGCAUUGCUGCCGAACGCCAUCUGGACGGACCAGUUCGACAACACCGCGAACGCGCGGGCGCACUACGAGACCACGGGUCCGGAGAUCUGGGAGCAGACUGGCGGGAACGUCGACGGGUUCAUCUGCGCGACCGGCACCGGCGGCACAUUGGCGGGUGCGGGUAAGCUCUUGCUCGAGAAGAGUGACGGGAAGACGCAGAUAUGGUUGGCGGACCCACCGGGCAGUGUCCUUUACAGCUAUAUCACCAGCGGCGGACAACUCACUGAGAGGAGCGGUAGCUCGAUCACGGAAGGUAUUGGCCAGGGUCGUAUUACAAACAACUUGGGCACAAUUGUCAAACAACUCUCGGGGGCGUUGCAAAUACCCGACACCAAAUCCAUGGCGAUGAUCUAUGACUUGUUGGAUACAGAAGGUCUAUACCUGGGAGCUAGUUCUGCACUGAACGUCGUCGCUGCGGUAGAACUUGCACAGCAACUGGGUCCAGGCAAAACUAUCGCCACGAUCCUUUGUGAUGGUGCCUACCGGUACCAGAGCCGACUGUUCUCGAAAACGUGGUUGCAGGCGAAGGAGCUUGAGGGUGCGAUCCCCGAGCACCUGAAGAAAUACGCCGUGUUGGACUAG